GAAGCAUCUUGCCAGUUGACUUUACAGUGUGUGACAAGAUGGUGACAGGUAGACUAGGAAUUUGUCUUUUCCAGUUGGCUUUACUCACCAAUUAUUACACCAUCUUCCUCUGUUUGUCUUUUGUUCCCGUAUCAACACAAGAUGACAAGAGCACUUGCUCUAUACCGUCUGUCGAGCGGUUUCAGGAUACUGUCCUGACAUGUUAUUUCUCCGAGGACCUCAGUGUCACCAAGAAAGACUUCACGGUCUACCAUUACGUUGAGCAGAGCACCCCGGAGUCUGUACUAGACUGCUGGUGGAUUCGAGGUUCACAGGAAUGUUACUCAAAACCAGGAUUCACAUUCGACAAGAGAAUCAGCCGAACCCUUAACCUUACAGUGGAUCGUGUGGAUGACGAAGACGUGGGUAAAUACGCAUGUCAGAUCGCCGGCUACGCAUACAACCUUUCCGAAACUUGCGAGUUUAUGUUUAAGCUUCAUGCACACAACACAUGCAAAAUCUCAAAGGAAAACGACUCUCAAGUAACGUUGACCUGUUUCUUUAAUGAAGACAUUAAGAAAACACAAACCAACUUUUCUGUGUAUCAGCACAAUGAGCAAGAAAAACUAAUUGUCGUGCAUUGUUGGUGGGAAAACGGUAAUCCGAGAUGCCGGGGAGAGAAAGGUUACCUUUACGAAGAAAAAGUCUCCACGUCCUUCAACAUGGCGAUCCCAAUGGCAACAAACAAGAAAACAUACAUGUACUCUUGCUGGCAUGGCGGGUCUCAUGGUGAUCAAGUGAAAACCUGUUCCUUUGUUAUCGACAGCAAUGGUGUUCAACCCGAAAGAAAGAAAGGUGUAGACACUGUAGCGCUGGGAACAUCUCUGGGUGUCCUGACUCUGACUGCGACAGCGAUUGCAGGACUCGUGGUGUUUAUGAGGAAACGAAGAAGGAAUACGUUUAGUUCAGUGACUAAGGAAGAAGAGUUCCCGAUGGUGUCUCUCGAAAACCAGCCCGAUAGAGUGACAGAAAAGUUUCAAGCCAUUUUGUUGAAUAAAGUCAAUGAUAUGUAUCCAAACAUGAUGAAUGAAUGUUACUUUGUGCCUCCAGUCCACUUCAACAAGACUCGAUACUCACAAAAAUCUGUCGCCGAUAAAGUCUUCUACGUCCCUCACCCUCCUGACCUCAAAGACAUCCUGUAUGACCGAGCCAUGCAGCACGUGAUACACUGCUUACGUCACAUGGCGGAACAAUAUCAGGAGCAAAUGUUUGUGCUGACACAGUUCAGUUACGAUGACUACCUGAGAUGUCCCAGUCCUGAUUACACAGGGCAUCGUUUGCCUGUUCCGAGUGGUCUUACGGGUGGUACACGUGACCAGGAUAUCGGAUGUUUUGAUGUUCUUAUCAUCCACAGACUUCACGGCGUGGUGGUUGGUGUUGUCAAGACUGUUAGUGAAAAUAAUGAUGGUAGUGAAGAUGGGGAGCAGAGGACAGAGGAACUGUUAAUCUCUGAGGUGUAUGAAGGCCUGCGACAGCUACAGAGGGCAGAGAGUAUGAUACGACAUCUCAUGUCAGAUAAGAGUCCGAUUUCUGUAGUUCGACUGUCCUUGAUGUUACCAAACAUUACCAAAUCUACUCUAAGAAGAACAUUGGAAAUAAAAAAUAAGAAUGUUCAUAGGGUAAAGAAGACAAAAACAUGCAGACCCCGAUUGAACUCUGUCUGUGUGCUGACCACCUGUCUCAUCCCUUGA